GGAAUAUGGUGCCGGUGCCGUUUAUUGUGCUCUAUUUGAAGAAAUUUACUGCUUUUCUUUCAAAGAGGAGCUCUUCGGCUACUAGAUUUCUUGAGCUUUUGUUUGAGAGAAGUAGAGAAAAGGCCGGGCCAGUCAUGGAGUUUCAGUGGCUGGGUUUGAUGCUCUUUGUUGCUGUGCCAUUUCCGGGGACUGGAGCGUGGACUGGGGCCAUUAUUGCUGCUAUUCUUGAUAUGCCAUUCUGGUCUGCAGUUUCUGCGAAUUUCUUUGGUGUGGUUCUCGCUGGACUUCUGGUUAAUUUACUUGUGAAUCUUGGUCUCAAGUAUGCGGUCAUGGUGGGCAUACUCCUCUUCUUUAUUUCCACUGUCAUGUGGAGAGCUUUGCGUAGUCUCAGGAGCACUUUGAACAGCAAGUAAAGGUAAUAAUGCCAUAACUCCCUGUUUUUAUGGAGACUGGUUUUUAUUCUUCUUUGUUGUCAUUUUGUACAAAUUAUUUUUCCUAAUUUAAAUAUUGAUAUAGUCCUCAAUCAGUUUAGAUUUUGAAGAAUAAUAGGUCCGUUUCAAUCCUUUUUUGGUUUCCUAAUUUGAAUGUUGGUGUAAUCUUUAAUUAGGCUUUGUUUGACAACAGUCACACUCUAUUCUGUUGAGUGAACGCCGCUGUAUAAAUUUAUAUUUCAUUCAAUAAAAUAGUCUAUUACGAUGUCUCCGCAAAUUAUUUCAACGGAAUGGUGAUUUGUUCCCGUUUUAAAAUGUAGACAAUGAUACCCGUUCUGCCAUAUGACUUUUAAAGAAGCUUCUUCAAAAGAAGCCUUAAGAACUAAAGUGACGAUUGACGACUUUCUUUAUUGGACAUGGAUACAUCCACAUGGUAUCAUAUGGAUGUGGCAUCAGUUUCUAAUGUAUUACACUAUUUUUGAGUUUCUUUUACUACGACAAUUCACACAUUUUCUACAA